UCUAGGAUUGCCCAGUUUCGCCCUCCACGCCGGUGGGUGAAGUACACCCCUCCCCUCGCGGGGGAGGCCUGGCCUUGGUGUCAUCGGGGGAAGGGGCUCGGGUGGAGCGUGCAUUCCCGCUCCUUCGCAGGCUGUGCACACGUCGGUAACCUAGCAAUGCCCGGGGAGCGGCUGCCGCUGUGGGGCUCCCCUCCCCAGCCCUGGCCCUGGCACCACGUGCAGCUUCCAGCCGGCCGGGGCUGGGUCGAGGGAGGAUGGAGCAGCUUCUGGCCAGCCCUCCCCUUUGGAGACCGCCAGAGUCCCCCAACCCUGGUCGGCUGGAAGCCUUUCCGGAGGCAAACUAUGCAAGAGGCACCAGACUCCCUCUUUCUGGUGAAGGACCAACUUCUCAGCCGAAUAGCUCCAAGCAAACUGUCCUGUCUUGGCAAGCUGCAAUCGAUGCUGCUAGACAGGCCAAGGCUGCCCAAACUAUGAGCACCUCCGCACCCCCACCUGUAGGAUCUCUCUCCCAAAGAAAACGUCAGCAAUACGCCAAGAGCAAAAAACAGGGUAACUCGUCCAACAGCCGACCUGCCCGCGCCCUUUUCUGUUUAUCACUCAAUAACCCCAUCCGAAGAGCCUGCAUUAGUAUAGUGGAAUGGAAACCAUUUGACAUAUUUAUAUUAUUGGCUAUUUUUGCCAAUUGUGUGGCCUUAGCUAUUUACAUCCCAUUCCCUGAAGAUGAUUCUAAUUCAACAAAUCAUAACUUGGAAAAAGUAGAAUAUGCCUUCCUGAUUAUUUUUACAGUCGAGACAUUUUUGAAGAUUAUAGCAUAUGGAUUAUUGCUACAUCCUAAUGCUUAUGUUAGGAAUGGAUGGAAUUUACUGGAUUUUGUUAUAGUAAUAGUAGGAUUGUUUAGUGUAAUUUUGGAACAAUUAACCAAAGAAACAGAAGGCGGGAACCACUCUAGCGGCAAAUCUGGAGGCUUUGAUGUCAAAGCCCUCCGUGCCUUUCGAGUGUUGCGACCACUUCGACUAGUGUCAGGAGUGCCCAGUUUACAAGUUGUCCUGAACUCCAUUAUAAAAGCCAUGGUUCCCCUCCUUCACAUAGCCCUUUUGGUAUUAUUUGUAAUCAUAAUCUAUGCUAUUAUAGGAUUGGAACUUUUUAUUGGAAAAAUGCACAAAACAUGUUUUUUUGCUGACUCAGAUAUCGUAGCUGAAGAGGACCCAGCUCCAUGUGCGUUCUCAGGGAAUGGACGCCAGUGUACUGCCAAUGGCACGGAAUGUAGGAGUGGCUGGGUUGGCCCAAACGGAGGCAUCACCAACUUUGAUAACUUUGCCUUUGCCAUGCUCACUGUGUUUCAGUGUAUCACCAUGGAGGGCUGGACAGACGUGCUGUACUGGGUAAAUGAUGCGAUAGGAUGGGAAUGGCCUUGGGUGUAUUUUGUUAGUCUGAUCAUCCUUGGCUCAUUUUUCGUCCUUAACCUGGUUCUUGGUGUCCUUAGUGGAGAAUUCUCAAAGGAAAGAGAGAAAGCAAAAGCACGGGGAGAUUUCCAGAAGCUCCGGGAGAAACAGCAGCUGGAGGAGGAUCUAAAGGGCUACUUGGAUUGGAUCACCCAAGCUGAGGACAUUGAUCCCGAGAACGAGGAAGAAGGAGGAGAGGAAGGCAAACGAAACACUAGCAUGCCCACCAGCGAGACUGAGUCUGUGAACACAGAGAACGUAAGCGGCGAAGCCGAGACGCGAGGCUGCUGUAGAAGUCUCUGGUGCUGGUGGAGACGGAGAGGCGCGACCAAGGCGGGGCCCUCUGGGUGUCGGCGGUGGGGUCAAGCCAUCUCAAAAUCCAAACUCAGCCGCCGCUGGCGUCGCUGGAACCGAUUCAAUCGCAGAAGAUGUAGGGCUGCCGUGAAGUCUGUCACGUUUUACUGGCUGGUUAUCGUCCUGGUGUUUCUGAACACCUUAACCAUUUCCUCUGAGCACUACAAUCAGCCAGAUUGGUUGACACAGAUUCAAGAUAUUGCCAACAAAGUCCUUUUGGCUCUGUUCACCUGUGAGAUGCUGGUGAAAAUGUACAGCUUGGGCCUCCAAGCAUAUUUCGUCUCUCUUUUCAACCGGUUUGAUUGCUUCGUGGUGUGUGGUGGAAUUACUGAGACCAUCUUGGUGGAACUGGAGAUCAUGUCUCCCUUGGGGAUCUCUGUGUUUCGGUGUGUGCGCCUCUUAAGAAUCUUCAAAGUGACCAGGCACUGGACUUCUCUGAGCAACUUAGUGGCAUCCUUGUUAAACUCCAUGAAGUCCAUCGCUUCGCUGUUGCUUCUGCUUUUUCUCUUCAUUAUCAUCUUUUCCUUGCUUGGGAUGCAGCUAUUUGGCGGCAAGUUUAAUUUUGAUGAAACGCAAACCAAGCGGAGUACCUUUGACAAUUUCCCUCAAGCACUUCUCACAGUCUUCCAGAUCCUGACAGGCGAAGACUGGAACGCUGUGAUGUACGACGGCAUCAUGGCUUAUGGGGGCCCAUCCUCUUCGGGAAUGAUCGUCUGCAUCUACUUCAUUAUCCUCUUCAUUUGUGGUAACUAUAUUCUACUGAACGUCUUCUUGGCCAUCGCUGUAGACAAUUUGGCUGACGCUGAAAGUUUGAACACUGCUCAGAAAGAAGAAGCAGAAGAAAAGGAAAGAAAAAAGAUUGCCAGAAAAGAGAGCCUAGAAAAUAAAAAGAACAACAAACCAGAAGUCAACCAGGUAGCCAACAGUGACAACAAGGUUACAAUUGAUGACUACAGAGAAGAGGAUGAAGACAAGGACCCCUACCCACCUUGUGAUGUGCCAGUAGGGGAAGAGGAAGAGGAAGAGGAGGAGGAUGAACCUGAGGUUCCUGCCGGACCCCGUCCUCGAAGGAUCUCGGAGUUGAACAUGAAGGAAAAAAUUGCCCCCAUCCCUGAAGGGAGCGCUUUCUUCAUUCUUAGCAAGACCAACCCGAUCCGCGUGGGCUGCCACAAGCUCAUCAACCACCAUAUCUUCACCAACCUCAUCCUCGUCUUCAUCAUGCUGAGCAGUGCUGCCCUAGCCGCAGAGGACCCCAUCCGCAGCCACUCCUUCCGGAACACAAUACUGGGUUACUUUGACUAUGCCUUCACAGCCAUCUUUACUGUUGAGAUCCUGUUGAAGAUGACAACUUUUGGAGCUUUCCUCCACAAAGGGGCCUUCUGCAGGAACUACUUCAAUUUGCUGGAUAUGUUGGUGGUUGGGGUGUCUCUGGUGUCGUUUGGGAUUCAAUCCAGUGCCAUCUCCGUUGUGAAGAUUCUGAGGGUCUUAAGGGUCCUGAGGCCCCUCAGGGCCAUCAACAGAGCAAAAGGACUUAAGCAUGUGGUCCAGUGCGUCUUCGUGGCCAUCCGGACCAUCGGCAACAUCAUGAUCGUCACCACCCUCCUCCAGUUCAUGUUUGCCUGUAUCGGGGUCCAGUUGUUCAAGGGGAAGUUCUAUCGCUGUACGGAUGAAGCCAAAAGUAACCCUGAAGAAUGCAGGGGUCUUUUCAUCCUCUACAAGGAUGGGGAUGUUGACAGCCCUGUGGUCCGUGAGCGGAUCUGGCAAAACAGUGAUUUCAACUUUGACAACGUCCUCUCUGCUAUGAUGGCGCUCUUCACGGUCUCGACAUUUGAGGGCUGGCCUGCGUUGCUAUACAAGGCCAUCGACUCGAAUGGGGAGAAUGUCGGCCCAGUCUACAACCACCGCGUGGAGAUCUCCAUCUUCUUCAUCAUCUACAUCAUCAUCGUGGCCUUCUUCAUGAUGAACAUCUUUGUGGGCUUUGUCAUCGUGACAUUUCAAGAGCAAGGAGAAAAAGAGUAUAAGAACUGUGAGCUGGACAAAAAUCAGCGUCAGUGUGUUGAAUACGCCUUGAAAGCACGUCCCUUGCGGAGAUACAUCCCCAAAAACCCCUACCAGUACAAGUUCUGGUACGUGGUGAACUCUUCGCCUUUCGAAUACAUGAUGUUUGUCCUCAUCAUGCUCAACACACUCUGCUUGGCCAUGCAGCACUACGAGCAGUCCAAGAUGUUCAAUGACGCCAUGGACAUUCUGAACAUGGUCUUCACCGGGGUGUUCACCGUCGAGAUGGUUCUGAAAGUCAUUGCAUUUAAGCCCAAGGGGUAUUUUAGUGACGCCUGGAACACGUUUGACUCCCUCAUCGUAAUCGGCAGCAUUAUAGACGUGGCCCUCAGCGAAGCAGACCACUAUUUCACUGAUGCAUGGAACACUUUUGAUGCCUUAAUUGUUGUUGGUAGCGUCGUUGAUAUUGCUAUAACUGAAGUGAAUCCAACUGAAAGUGAAACUGUCCCUGUCCCAACUGCUACACCUGGGAACUCUGAAGAGAGCAAUAGAAUCUCCAUCACCUUUUUCCGUCUUUUCCGAGUGAUGCGAUUGGUGAAGCUCCUCAGCAGGGGGGAAGGCAUCCGGACAUUGCUGUGGACUUUUAUUAAGUCCUUUCAGGCACUCCCAUAUGUGGCCCUCCUCAUAGCCAUGCUGUUCUUCAUCUACGCGGUCAUUGGCAUGCAGAUGUUUGGGAAAGUUGCCAUGAAAGAUAACAACCAGAUCAAUAGGAACAAUAACUUCCAGACGUUUCCCCAGGCGGUGCUGCUGCUCUUCAGGUGUGCGACAGGUGAGGCCUGGCAGGAGAUCAUGCUGGCCUGCCUCCCAGGGAAGCUCUGUGACCCUGAGUCGGAUUACAAUCCCGGGGAGGAGUAUACAUGUGGGAGCAACUUUGCCAUUGUCUAUUUCAUCAGUUUUUACAUGCUCUGUGCGUUUCUGAUCAUCAAUCUAUUUGUGGCUGUCAUCAUGGAUAAUUUUGACUAUCUGACCCGGGACUGGUCUAUUUUGGGGCCUCACCAUUUAGAUGAAUUCAAAAGAAUAUGGUCAGAAUAUGACCCUGAGGCAAAGGGAAGGAUCAAACACCUUGACGUGGUCACUCUGCUUCGACGCAUCCAGCCUCCCCUGGGGUUUGGGAAGUUAUGUCCACACAGAGUAGCAUGCAAGAGAUUAGUUGCCAUGAACAUGCCUCUCAACAGUGACGGGACAGUCAUGUUUAAUGCGACCUUGUUUGCUUUGGUUCGAACGGCUCUUAAGAUCAAGACCGAAGGGAACCUGGAGCAAGCUAAUGAAGAACUUCGGGCUGUGAUAAAGAAAAUUUGGAAGAAAACCAGCAUGAAAUUACUUGACCAAGUUGUCCCUCCAGCUGGUGAUGAUGAGGUAACCGUGGGGAAGUUCUAUGCCACUUUCCUGAUACAGGACUACUUUAGGAAAUUCAAGAAACGGAAAGAACAAGGACUGGUGGGAAAGUACCCUGCGAAGAACACCACAAUUGCCCUACAGAUGCUUGAACGGAUGCUUUAGAAUUUUCUGCCUGAGCUACGGCACCAAGCUGGUUAGUCGGAAGGCGUUUGUGGCUAAGGCCUUGAAAGGGAAAAGUCUCAAGUGGGCUUAUUUCUACUGAAACAGCAUUUCGGAAGAAAUGCAGGAAAACGCAGACCCAAGGCCCCAGGGAGACCCCUUCCAAGCAAAGCACUCCUCCGGAAGGUGGAAGCGGGGCCGUGGCUCAUCUGCGGAGCCAGGGCUGCCUGUCGCGGACGUUGCUCACGGUGGUUCUUUUUCAUGAAAGGGAACGCACAAGGCUUAACAGUUUUCCCUUCCAAGCAGAGACUCAGAGAAAGGGAAAGAGUGAGAGAGAGCAAAGGAGGGGGGCAGCUGCCCCACAGAGAAAUGAAAUGAACACAACUUCCUGAUGCUGGCCAGUAAAACAAAAAAAUUAAAAAAAAAAAUAAAAAGAUUAAGCAGACCUACCUAAGGUGGGCAUCUGACUCCGUUCCAAAGUCCUGCAUCCCUAGUUUGCCCGAACUCCCAAAGACUGGCAGGCCCCUCGGCACUGAGCUGACAGAGUUCCUUUUGUAUGCCAGUCCGCCAUGACCUCCUGAGCGUUCGGCCCUGCUCUCUGCAGUGACCCAGUCCAGAAUGCAGUGAGACGUGGACAGGCCGGGAAGCUCAGAUACACCCAUUGAAACUAACACAUACACCCGCAUGCCAAAACCAAUCCAGGCAACACCUCAGGUUCCAUCUUAACGUGUCCACGGGAAACACCACCACACCCAAACCUCAUCUAACAUUGUUCGUCUUUAAUUCGUGCUCAGAGCCAGUCUGGGGAUGCCUCUUUGGAAGCAGUGUGGUCUAGUUUCAAGGACACUGGGAGUCAGGGAACCUGGGUUCUAGUCCCAGCUUCAGCGUUUGCUUGCUGCGUGACCUUGGGCAAGACACUUAACCUCUCUGUGCCUCAGUUUCCCCCAUCUGUAAAAUGGGGUUAAUAAUGUCGACCUACCUCACAGGGCUGUUGUGAGGAAUAGCUAAGAGAUUGUAAAGCACUUUGAACGUAUAAUUGCUUACUAUUAAGACUACAACAAUAAUAAUAUCAUAUGCCUGUUUACUACCAGAACUUUAAGAAAUUCUUGUUUUCCUUUGAUCUCUUUUCUGUUCUGUACCGUACUUAUCCAUUGAGAAGGAGAAUUCCCCCCUUUUAAAGAUAUCUAGGCAAUGCACAAAGAUGUCAACAGAGGUAACUCGGCAGGUUGCAUUUUUACAUCUUAAGAACAGCCAAUUUUUGCCCAAGAAGUUGGUCGAUGAGGAUAUCUGAUCUUGAAUUCUCAGCUGAUUCCAAGUGGUGGUUGGAGAGUCUGUACGUCUGAUGCUGAGCCCAAGACACCCGAAGUAGCCAGUUGGGGUUUUAGGGUCAAUAUUCAAAAGUAGCCAUUGUGCAGAGGUUAUGGGGAAGAAUCUAAAAAACUUGAAGUCUCUUGACUAUGUAGAGAAAAGAAGGGCUUAUGAGCCCCUUUCACCUGCCCUGAUGUGUAUAGGCUGGAAGCUGUGUGUGUGUAUGAGUGUGUGUGUAUACAUGUGGGCUGUGCGGAGAGAGGAAGAAAGAACCAGCAGACUCUGGGGCAGCCCUGUUCCAGUAGAAGUGGACACUACUUCUGGGAGCAUCCUAGGAGGCUAGGAGCCUCAAAGGCUGGGCAGAGGGUGGGAGUAACGUCACCAGUGGGAAGUAUGCUUUCUUCAGGCUUGUCCUAGGCAUGACUGGCAGGUCAAUUUCAGCCUCAGGGUCUUUUCCAGUGAUCUCUUUUUUUUGCCCAUGACAUUUGCCAUUGGCUGCAGUGCUCACUGUACCACAAGGUCUGACCUAUCUGGACUUCAGUGGACCUGCUCCCACGUGUUUAAGUGUACAGGCUGUAGUUAAUGUCCAGGAGCUGGCAGUAGGUGUUGUGGGUUCUCACAGCACAGUCUGUAGGGCCCCAGGGCAGGUUUUCCUGCUUCAUAUUGUACCAUGUGGUGAUGUGGGGGAUGGGGUUGAAAGCCAGGAGCACUCCAGUGUGGCUCGGCCACUUGUCAAGAUGUUGAAGCACAGCUGCACCUGGUAUCAAUAGCUGUCACCCUUGCACCUGAGUCUCCUUCCCUAUUGCCAGCAGCCCAGACCCUCCCUAGACUGCUCUGUGACCCAGCAACUGCAGGUCUAGUGCCUGGCAUUGCAGGGAGCCUCCAGGACCCUGCUGUGAUCCACAGACCCACUUCUGCUCUGAUUGGGCGGUUCCUGGGUAUAUUAAAUUAUGAGGAUUUAUUAAGAAUGUGAUGUAUCGUCCCUGAAAGGGAAGCUGGUCAGCCGUGUGGGUGCUGGUGAGGAGCUGAUCUGCCCUCUGACAGUCCCUCUGUCUGUCUUUGACCCACCUCAUGUUGAGUUGAUUCAGUGCUGAAGGAUGGCAUGUGCUUUCCCCCUAUCUGUGUCACUCUGUCUCAGAGGGCCAAUGUGACUGACCUUCUAGAUCCAAGAUUCCAUACACACAAGCCUCAGCAGAAAGGCCCCAAGCAAUUCAAGUGAGUGGCGUUUCCACGUGCCUUCUCCACACUCCUCAAAUAAGUAAAAACUGGCAAGUGACCACUUUCUAGAUGGGACUUAAGGAGUGGUUUAAAUGGAACAAGAGCGUCCUCUCCACUUGGGCCUGGCUGUAUUGCUGGGGAACAGCAUUGGCUGAGGUUGGUAGCCAAGGCUGGAUUGGCAAAGACAGCCAGGAAUCGGGAGGGCUCCCUCUAGCUUCAACUCAAAAGGGAAAGAAGGCUUCCUAGACUUGCUUCACAGUCAAACUGCAGAGACACCUCUGUCAUUUCUCUUAAAGCCUUGGAAGAAGAGUGUAGCUUCUAGUGUAGAGAAAGUUGUGAGAGAUGACUCAAGUUCAUUCUUUAGAAUCUUCAGAGACACACGCAGCAAACUUGGCACCUCCAGCACCAGCAUCCAUAGGCUAAACUCUUCAGCUCCUGGAUAGAAGAUGAGAAGCAGGCUAGUAUACUUCAUAGGGAAGCAAAGGUGAGAUUGGGUAUCAGGCUCUUCUCAAAUAGCUUACACUCUGGAACAAUCCAAUUCAAAGUUAAAUUAAUCCACUGGACUAUUGGGUACUACAUUCUUUACUCUUUCUGGAAAUGGCUAAUGGCGCUCCUUUUAGAAUAGUAAUUAUGAUGCUCAGCAGUCUUUGAGAAGAAAGAAUUACUGAAAGGAAGUUAAGGCAAGGGAUGUGAUAUAGUAGUAAAAGAUGGUAAUUAUCAUGGCUUGUUAUUUAGUACCAUGCACUUAAGUGUCCUUCAGCAGCCCAAAUGUGUCAUGAUUCGAUGAUCUGUGGGAAGGAGCUGGCUAAGACUUAUUAAGUUCCAGGGUGGGUAGAAGUCCAGGUGAGUUCAUUCCUCUUGGCAUCUCUUAGACCUAGAAGUCAUACUGUUUGGGAUAGUGGAAAGGCAUUGUUCUAAGGCACGGUGGUGAAGGCAACCCACUAAGAAGUGCCACCCAUUAAGAAGUGACAAAGGCUGGUCCAGGGAAGCCAUGGCAAGGCCAUAUCUUCCGAGAGUGGAGAAAGGUCCACAGAAUAGCAGGAAUCCUAGAUGGGGUAAAAAAAAAUCUGAUACCUGAGGAAAAAGUAGUGGUGCCUAUUGGAGGAUAGAUUGGUCAGCAGUUAUCGAACUUUUUGGUCUUAGGACCCUUUAAAUAUUGAAGACCCUGUGGGUCAAUAUUUACUGUCUUAGAAAUUAAAACUGAGGAGUUUUUAAAACAAGAAUAUGCAAGCACAAAGACACCAGGGUGAUGACAUCAUGCAUCAGGUAGCCUUUGGAAACCUCACUAUAUCCUCAUGAGAGGCUGAGAGUGUACAAGGCAAAGAACAUCCUGGUCGCAUUAUGCAAAUCACAGUGACCUCAUGGACCCCUGAAGGUGUCUCGGGAUGCCCCAAGGUCCCUGGAGCACACUUGAGAACUGCUGCUCUUGGGGAAUGCUACUCAGUCCCCCUUAAAGUCAGAGGGUGCUGGAGCCUUUUAAUCAUCUCCCUUGUGAAAGAGGCUCCUGUGCAGUGCUACUGCCCUAACUAGAGCCCUUCUAUCCCUCCAGCCCCUUCCCAGUCUCAGCCUGCUCCCCCAAGGCAUGGAGCUGCCUGUGUCCCUGUGCCUGUGUGUUUGCCUAGCAUGGCCAAGUCUUCCUGCCUGUGCUGAUCGUGGGUGUGACGGUCUGAAUUAGGGCAGCAUAGAAGGUGUUUUUAAAAAUUGGCUCCCUAAGUGCACCACUGGGACCAAGGAUGUGUGCCAAGCAGGAUCCAUUUCAGGGAUAACUCGUGAUCGUUUGUCAUCUCCAGAAUGACUUAGGAAUAUAAGAGCUCUUCUAGGGUAGUCAAAAGAGGGUUAGGCUUGAGCAGGUGGCACCCCACAGUUGUGAUUAUAGGUGAGUAAGUGUGUGAUUCAGACUGGAAUCCAGCAGUCUUUCCCAGUAGGCGCAGUGACUUUGCCUGGGUGGUAGUCGAGAUGGGAGGUUUGGGAGAGGUGAGGCAGCGCAGUGUCACAGGAGGAACAGGCCUAGGAGCCGAGUCCUCAGUGAGCCUUUGACUUAUUCGGGCACAUAAUUUCACCACAUGGGAGUAACCCUGGCUCUCCCUUCCUCCAGAAUCUAGUGGAAUAUUUGUACAUAAGCUCACCAUGACUGGUAUAAAGAUGCUACCAGAAUAGAAGUUGUGAUUUACAGCUUCUGCUAAGCCUAAACUUUACAGAGUGCCUUGUUAUCGGGAAAGUGGCAAGAAAUUCUGUUAUUAAAAUUGCAACAGAAUCAGAUUCUUGAUUGCAGCAAGAAUCAAGGCGGUACUGAAACAGCUCUCAGAUCGUGUGCAGAGAAAGAUCAUAGAUUAGGUAAUUUUUAAAAAAUUUCCUUUAUCUUGCCAAGUGAUGAGAACAGUGCAAUCCCUAGGGGAGCUCUUGGGGUCAUGUUACCCCUGACUUUUCAGUGAUGGUUGGAAUCACUGUGGGUGACUAACAGAGCGCCAGGAUUCCGACCCUUUAUAUCUGACAUAAGGACCAUUCACAAUGGACACAAAGGCCACUAUCACAUUUUCCCUGGAGGAGGGUGCUGACAAAAUGAGGGGUGUGCCCACGUGUGAUGUGCUGAAGAGGCGGACGGCAGCUUGCAGAUGAGCAGGUUUAUUCCAUAAGAACUUAGUCUUAUUCUGCCUUCUAAUGGAGCGAGGCUAGAAAAGGUCCCCUCUCAUUGGAUAUGGACCAAAUCCUGCUGAAGGGUUAACCAGAACUUGUCACCAGUGAGACGCCUGUGUGCAGGGCCAGCCUACACUAAGUGCAGCCCACCUGUGAUGGGGAACAGGCUCUGCUAGGGUAGGUUUCUUUGGCUGGAGUCUGAAAGCCUGGCACUUGUAUCCUGAAGAUGAAUGGCCUGGCUCAGUCCUGACUAGAGACGUGCAUCUCUUAUCUCCACUGCUACAGUGUAGGUCCAGGGUGGGGCUCCGGGCACUUCUGCAUGCUUGCUGUAGCGCUGUGAGGGCUGGCAGAUGGCUGGUGUGUCUAACGGAGCUAGCUUAGGGACAUAGGCAGCAAAAGCAUUGCAAAUACAUCCAGGCAGGAGAAACUUAACACUAAAAGUGGGCAGGAGAAUGGAAGGUAAAUGGGUGUUCAUAUUUGAUGUCAAAAUGUUAUCAUGUUAUGCUAUUCAGAAGUGUUUAGAGAGAUUUUAGUUUUUUGGUAAAUUAAUCAUUAAUCGAGUAUGAAAUUCCAAUAAAUGGUGUCUAAAAUUUCAAGCAGCAGUCUACAGGCAAAGCGCCAACAUUUCUUUUUUAAAAAAAUAUUUAUAACAUCUAGCAUUUUAAAAUCAACCAGAAACUAGUCUUGAUUCUGUUUAAUAUUUUCUAAGAUUGGACAUCUUAAAAUAAGUCAAUGUUUAUAUUUUAUAGCAAUUCUGUAUUUCUUCAAAACCAUAUUUCUGCUGUGAUGUUAAUGGAAUGACUUAAUAUGGCUUUAAUUGUGUUGGUUUAAGUGCUAAUGACCACUUUUCAAAUUAAAAUAGUAUUUUGCUGAUAGAGAUAGACACAGAUAUGAAAUAUGAAAGAAUAGAUAAUUUUACCGAUUGUAAAGUGUCUAUCCCAAGAAAAAAAUGUUCUUUUUUUUAGGGCUGUGGAAAAGUAAUUUUUUCAAGAGUCUAAGAUAGUUUUCUGUAUUUCUGGGGAUUGGAACUUGUGCCUGUGGAAUUUUGGGAGCAGCCUAAGCGCUACCUUUUAGCUUGAUAUGUGUGCUAGAAAAACUUCAGUACCAUGUUUUGUGAUAUGUAAUAAAUUCAGGGUGCUGUGCUUAAGCUUCAUGUCAACUCUAGUUUGGGAACAUCUGUUUCCCUCACUCCCAGUCUUGGGGGACAGCCUGACCUAGCCCUACCCAGAUCACAUGUGAAAGAGUAGAGUCAGUCUCUGACUCUGGCGAAGUGUGUAUUUGCCUGCCUGAAGCAAGCAGAAUAUAAUCAUGAUUUCUGAUUCUCUGCUUCUGUGUCUGGGAAGAGCGAUGCUUUCUCUCCUCCUCUAACGUCUCUUUAUAAGUAUGUUGUCAUUAUUUGUCUUUGGAAGUGGCAACUUGGGCCACCUUUCAACCUUUUCCAUGAUUUAUGUUGCAAACAAAUUCUCUGUCCCAUGUCUGUUCAUUGCACUAUCUUGUCGACUGAAUCCUAAUCUUGUGUAUCACUGAAGAUGUGCUGGAGACAGUUUUGUUUCUAUUAUGCAAUUGUGUUAUAUGUGUAUUUCAGUGAAAUGUCAACCCGUCAACAGAGGAUGAUGUUAAAAAUUAUCCAAAUAAAUAGUUUUCUAUUUCUUUUAAUCA